CUUUAUAUCUCUCUCUCUCCCUCAAUGCCGGUGCCCGAGCAGCCUGCAGAGCAGGAGAAGGGGGCCAUGGUUGCCCCUGUGACGCCAGCCUCCAAUGGAGACAGAUCUGAGGCAGAGACGACCUCCUCCAUCCUCGCCUCUGUCAAAGAGCAGGAGCUUCAGUUUGAACGCCUGACCAGGGAACUUGAGGCUGAGCGUCAGAUUGUCGCCACCCAGCUGGAGAGAUGCAAACUGGGAUCAGAGGCAGGCAGCAUGAGCAGCAUCAGUUCAGCAGAUGAGCAGUUUCGCUGGAACACUCAAGCUGAUGGACAUAAGGAUAUCGAGGACGAGCUGACCACUGGUUUGGAGUUGGUGGAUUCCUGCAUUCGCUCCCUCCAGGAAUCAGGAAUACUCGACAGUGGAGAACGACCGGCUCUUCUUUCCCAGAGUUCCUUGCAGCUCAACUCCACCCCGGAGGCUUCGCUCCAGUACUCUGCCAGCUACCAUAGCAACCAGACCCUCGCCCUUAGCGACAGCAUCUCCGCAGCAACUCCUCAGCGCAGCGGGCAGGUUGGAGGAGCCGUGCACAGCUACAACCAGGUGACAUCUAGUCGUGCCGCCCAGCAGCAGCAAUCACAAUCUGGGGCAGGGUCAGGUAUCUACUACUCCAGCUCCACCUUACCCGCCCAGCGUGUCAGUUCCCCUCUGUCUGGAGGAGGAGGAGGCUCGGGACCCGGUUCCCCGGGUAAACUCCAACGGCUGGGAUCAGCCUCCGACGCACCGGGGUACUCUACCACUCAGCGCCUGCCUUCCUCCUCCUCUCCCAGCAAACAGUCUCCUGCUAAUCGACUGGCCAAGUCAUACAGCAGCACAGUUGCUGUGACAACAGCAGGAGGGGGCGGGUCUCCCCUAAGGGUCGCAUCUCCACCCAACUCUACAGCAGGAGGGGGAGGGGCCGGCUCAUCAUCGUCCCCUCUUCACCAGAUGAGUUCGGGCAUAGGGAGCUAUGCCACUCUGUCUCCCAAACGACUGGCAGCUCACCACGCUUCUGACCAGUACAAGAUCUCCCACGAGCUCUACGCUACUGCUACACUGCAGAGGCCUGGCAGUCUGGCAGGCUCUCGUGGCUCCUACAGUAGUCAGCACAGUCAGGAGCCCCUUCGGCCCUUGGGGUCCCCAGAGCACCACAUUGAUCCCAUCUAUGAAGAACGUGUCUACCACAACAAGGGCCUCAUGAGGAGCCUUAGCCAGAGCCAGGGGCCGGACACAGGCCCCUAUCGCAACAACACCGCUCCCUCCUCCCCUGGUGUCGACUCCACCCCUUUGCAGCGCACAGGAAGUCACAGCACAGGGACAGGUAACUACAGCCGUGGCGGGACCAACAACUACGCCACAGUGGGACCAGGCUACACCUCAAGCGGAGGUGGCGGAGACGUGUAUGGCUCAGACCCCUAUGUGGCGGACCCCUAUCGCACCCUGCAGUACUGCCCCUCAGUGGUGGAAUCCCCCUACAGCAAGUCUGGACCAGCCCUGCCGCCUGAAGGCAGCCUGCAGCGCUCACCUUCCAUCGACUCGAUUCAGAAAGACCCCAGAGAGUUCGGGUGGAGAGAUCCGGAGCUGCCAGAGGUGAUCCAGAUGUUACAGCACCAGUUCCCAUCGGUGCAGUCCAAUGCUGCAGCCUACCUACAGCAUCUCUGCUUCGGAGACAACAAGAUCAAAGCUGAGAUCCGCAGACAGGGAGGCAUCCAGCUGCUGGUCGACCUACUGGACCACAGGAUGAGUGAGGUUCACCGUAGCGCCUGCGGAGCUUUGAGGAACCUGGUGUACGGCAAGGCCAACGAUGAGAACAAAGUGGCCCUGAAGAACUGCGGCGGGAUUCCAGCCUUGGUCCGCCUGCUGAGGAAAACUGGAGAUGUGGAGAUCAGAGAGCUGGUCACAGGUGUGCUUUGGAACCUGUCGUCAUGUGAUGCUCUGAAGAUGCCAAUCAUCCAGGACGCUCUAGCCGUUCUCACCAAUAGCGUCAUCAUACCCCACUCUAACUGGGACUCCUCCCCCAAUCACCAUGACGACCGCAAGCUCCAUCUUCAUACCUCCCAGGUGCUGCGCAAUGCUACAGGGUGUCUCAGGAAUGUAAGCUCCGCCGGUGAGGAGGCGAGGCGCAGGAUGAGGGAGUGUGACGGCCUGACAGAUGCUCUUCUCUACGUCAUCCAGACCUCUCUGGGCAGCAGCGAGAUCGACAGCAAGACUGUAGAGAACUGUGUUUGCAUCCUGAGGAACCUGUCGUACCGUUUGGCCGCCGAGACAUCCCACGGCCAGCAGGGGGGUUUAGAAGAGCUGGACGGCCUGCUUUGCGACGCCAACGGCCGUGACGGAGAGAGCUCUGGCUGCUGGGGCAAGAAGAAGAAGAAAAAGAAGGGAGCCGAUCAGUGGGAUGGCGUGGGCCCCUUUCCGGACACAGCACAGCCUCCCAAAGGGGUUCAGAUGUUGUGGCACCCCACCAUCGUCAAACCCUACCUCACCCUGCUGUCUGAAUGCUCCAACCCCGACACCCUUGAGGGAGCAGCCGGCGCUCUGCAGAACCUGGCCGCAGGCAGCUGGAAGUGGUCGGUGUACAUCCGGGCUGCUGUACGUAAGGAGAAAGGCCUUCCGAUCCUGGUGGAGUUACUGAGGAUAGACAAUGACAAGGUGGUGUGUGCCGUGGCCACCGCUCUCAGAAAUAUGGCCCUAGACAUCAGGAACAAGGAGCUCAUUGGUAAAUAUGCCAUGAGAGAUUUGAUCCAUCGGUUACCUGGCUGCAGUAGCAGCACCAACAAUAAUGCCACCAGCAGUGGGACCAUCGGCCCUCCCAGCAAGGCCAUGUCAGACGAUACGGUAACUGCCAUCUGCUGUGCACUGCACGAAGUUAUUACCAAGAACAUGGAGAACGCCAAAGCCCUGCGUGAUGCUGGUGGCAUAGAAAAACUCAUCGGCAUUGCCCGCAGCAAAGGAGACAAACACUCAGCAAAGGUGGUAAAGGCAGGCUCUCAGGUCCUCAGCAGUAUGUGGCAGUACAGAGACCUGCGCUCCCUCUACAAGAAGGAUGGUUACGCCCAGUAUCACUUUGUGGGCUCUGCCUCAACGAUAGAGAGAGACAGACAGAGGCCCUACUCCUCCUCACGAACUCCCUCCGUCUCCCCUGUUAGGACGUCCCCAAAUAACCGCUCUGCGAGCGCUCCAGCCUCCCCCAGAGAGAUGAUGAGUCUGAAGGAACGCAAGAUGGACUAUGAUUCCACGGCAACCAACGCUGGUUUCCAUAGCAACAAAGGAGAGCACACAUCCCGGAAAGACGGCAUGGCAGUUCAAGUAUCCUGUGGAACAUCUACAUUGUUCCGAAACUCUUACCUGACCGCCAGUGACGACAUCAAGCAAAACCAGGCUCCGGCCCAGCCCUGCGUCAUGCCCCCGAUGCCACAGCAGGACAGCCCGUCAGCAGCCGUGCUAAAGGACUACGACCCCUACCCUCCCCCUCCUUCCUUCCCCCAGCCACAGCCACCGCAACCUCCACCCCACAGCCAGAGUCGGAGCUUCAGUGAGGUCUACUACGAGGACCAGGGACCUCCACCUCCACCUCCUCCAUCCCAGCCACAGCCUCAGGUCCAGGCGCAGGCCCAGCUUCAGGCCCAACCCCAGCAGCCUCCAAGCUCCGCCGGACCGCCCCGAGACCCGCGGGAGGACCUGCGCAUGCAUCUGGGUCUCAAAUCCACCGGCAACUACGUAGACUUCUACUCGGCCUCUCGGCCGUACAGUGAACUGAACUACGAGACCAGCCACUACCCGGCCUCGCCUGACUCCUGGGUCUAG